UUACCUGUCAAUAUUGUCAAUGUAGUUUAUGAACAUAUUUUGAGGUUAUAGUUAAUAUUGUUUCAGGUUAUAUCAUUUUUAUAAUGUGACUAAAGUAGAUAAUGAUAUAAAUGUUUAAUGGAUUCUUCUUCUGACAAUAGUUUUGCUUGGACGGAUACUUCAACUGACAGUGUAAACAGUACUGCAAUGGCGACUAAUGCAUUCAAUGGAAUCAAUACACAUAAGUCUGAUAAACAGAUUAAGAAGAAGAAAGAAAAAUUAUCCAGGAUACAAGAAUCUAUUGAUUUAAAAGCUGAUAUGGAUAUAAAAGAAGAAGCUAAUUUCAGUAGCAUUAAAAGUUUUAUCAAGCUAGAGCCGGACAGUGAGAAUGAUUUUAAAAAGAAAAAGAGAAACAAACACUUGGCCAGCAACGGCACCCAGAAUGAGUCACAAGACUCUGCAUCAUAUGACGAGACGUAUCUCGAUAUGAAGGUCAAACUAGAAGAGACUUCAGUUGUGUCCUCUAAGAAACAUAAGCAGAAGAAACGGAAACGCAGUUCAAGUGUAGAUUCAAAUUCCAAUUGCGAAGUAAACCAUGAGCAUACACAUACUUUAAAUGAAGAAACUGAUGAUGACACUAAACCUAUGAAAACAAAGAAAAUUAAGAAAUUUAAAAAAGAAGACAGCAGCAAUGAUCACACAGAUAAUAUAUAUUCAACAGAGCCAGAUGUAAGUGUACAGGAGCAAACAUUUAGAAAUAGUGAAAGUAAAUAUAACAAUAGUUCUGUUAUUGAGAACAACACUCUACAGGAUGGGAGUGAGGAAGAAAGUAAUGGUGAAAUAUCUGCAAUUAAAUGUGAUGACAGCCAAGUUGUCCAUGCUAUAUCAUUCAUGGACAAGAGUUUAGAAAAAUCUAAAUCACGAACUAAAAGAAUAUCAGAUAGAAUACGCUUUGAGGACGACAAUGAUUCUACUAUUCAUGAAUCAAGUCCUGAAGAAGAUGAUAAUUCCUCUGAACGUAGUAACAAGCCAUUAAUAUUGAAGAAAGUCUUGAAAACCAACCCAAAUUUAAAACAAGUUCUUCAUUCAUUUAACCGUAAUGCUUGUGUCAACCAAAAUGAUGAAAUAUGGGUUCUAAAGUGUCCUAGAGAAAUUAACAUUUCAGAUUUUACUAAUACUACUUUAAAUAUUCACGGAAAAUGCAAGGUAAAGGUGUCUGGCCAAACAUAUGAAGGUAAUGCUGAAGAAGAACAAUCGGAUACAUUGUCACUUCUGGCUCUAGAUCAUAACAAACUUAAAAUUAAGAAUAUAUCACUCAAUGGGGUUAUUACUUUACGUAAGAGGAUCCCAAAGGCACAUUUCCGUGAUGAUAAUAUAAUGGUAAACAAUCAAAGUAACUUCAUACCACUCCCAGAAACUAAAUGUCGUCAUCCUCUUUUUGGGUCUAAUUAUAAGAAGUCCUUAAAAAUACCUGCAGCUAUAUCAGAACGUCUAAAUAUGCAAGCCAGUGGAGAGGUAAAAACUGAAAAGAAAAAGAAAAGGAAAGACAAUAAAGAUGAAAAUAAAGCUGCAGAGAUUGAUUUACAAGAACUGAGUGUCUCUGAGAUGAAAUCAGAACCUGGUUUACCUGCAGAAGUAAGAGAAAAGAAAAAAAAGAAACGUAAACUUGUUGAUGAUGAAGGUCCUGCAAAAAAGAAAGUGAAGCGUAUCAAAACUGAUCCUGAGUCAGCAGAAGCAUGGGAAUCAGAGAAAGCUAUAGAAGAAAAUUUAUUUAAUUUUUGAUACAUCUUUGUAAUACCUACCUACUAAUUAAAUCUUAUUUUUAUUAAAGGUCAUAACCAUGUGUUCUACAUAA